AUAAUUAUAUAAUCAUCUAAUAUUUUCAUAUUAUUUAUUUGAUUUAUACAUAUAAUUUAAUUUAUAUAGAGUAAUAUUAACAUACAUUUCUGUUUUUACACAUUAGAUACGCGAUAAAUUUCAAGAGACUUGCGCGAUCGCGCUCGAUUCGUGAACGAUUGAUGUAAGCGUGCUUGUGUUCAGCCGUCUCAACGUGUUAAUGAGCAAUGACAAGGACCAGGCUAUGUUCAUCUUCACACUCUUGUCAAUGCUUCUGGCUCUGUCGUGUACUCAUACCAGCGACGACAAAACUGAGCGGGACUUUCCAAAAUCUCCUGAGUCGAGUGCAAUUCCGAGAAAUGUCUAUACUCCAUACGCGAACGGCGUUUAUUGGGACCUCGCGCAAUCACCACGGCGUCGUCCUCUGGAGCAUUCGCGCUGGAUCAAGCAAGCGUACCGCAGCAAUGAUUACAGCGUCAUUCAGAGACGGCAUCAGCCGCGACAUAGGCUCAACGAGGGUAGAUCUUAUCGUUCGGCCGUGAAAGACGAUGAAGACGAGGAAGAGGAUGAAGAAGAGGAGGAGGAGAAGGAGGAAGACGAAGGUGACGAGAAUGAGAAAAUCGACGAGGAGGCUGAGGAAAACAGCGAGAACGCGGACGAGGAGGAAACGGUUGCUGCCGUUGUCGGGAGUGCAUCUGAUAAUCGCGUGAUGAGGUCCGGUUACGUGCCGCGUGCGGCUAAGGUCGGCGGACGCGCGAGACGGCAGGAAAUCACAGGGAUCCGAUCGACCUCCGAAGAGUGCGAGGACGAGUCGACGGAGCCGUCGCAAUACUACGAAUACGAAACUCAAGUGAGGAACGUUGCUUCUCAAGACGUCGGCGGAUGCCGAAUUGUGUUUCUCGCAAAGAUGCUCGGCGCGGGUCUUCUAAUCCUGCUACUCGUCUAAGAAUUUCACGACACGAGGGAAGAGCAAUUGCGCAAUAAAUAUUUUAUAGUCAAAUAAGACUGAUUGUGCAACUGCCAUAAUAAACGCUUUGCCUGCGAA